AUGUGGGUUGAUGAGAAUAUGAAAAUUGCACUGGACGAAUGCUCUCCAAUCAACAUUCAUAAACUCAUCGGUUGGCUCGGCAAACCGGCUGUUUACAUUUUCGACUGUGAUCGCGCUGGGUCGAAGCUCCCGUCCCAAAUACUCACAGCGUGUUUGACGGCGCCAUUGAAAACAGCAUUACAAUUCUUAUAUACAUAUGAGAUUUUAUUUCGAAAAGAUGUCGUUCUGGCUUCACUGUUUCGCAACUAUUUGUUGGCUCAGAGACUAAUUUCUCUGGUCGGUCUAACGAGCGUAUCAAUGCCCGAGUUGCCCGACUGUAGUCAUCACUCCUUAUGGGAGACGUGGGAACUCGUGAUGGAAGCCUCAGUACUGCGUGUAGUGCAAGGCGAGCGAAAUAGCCUGCUGACUUCACAGAUACGGGGAACUGAUCCUGUGAGAGAGUUCUUUAGAGACCAGCUGAGAGCGUUUAGUGUUUGGUUGCGGAGAAAACACAAUUCAGCUGAUGCCAUUUGCCGGAGUACCGAAUCGAGUCAUGGGAAAGUUCGGGAGGCUGCAUUAAUGCUAGUUGGUUCGUUUUGCUUGGUUACUACGCUGGAAAUUCACAACCCGUUUUACGCGAAGUGA